AUGACCUCCAUAGCUCCUUCCAUCUCCAGCUCAAUUCCAGAGAGUGAUUUUGGGAACGAUGCUUUCGCUUCCUUUAUCACAGACUGGGUUCAAAUUAAAUAUUUCUACGAGAAGGCAGCCAGCCUCGCCCACGAAUUAUGCGAAACUCUGCUAGCAAGCAACGGCAUACGAGCGAUUGUUACUCAUCGAGUGAAACAAGGCAAUCGACUCGAGGCAAAACUUCGAGAACGUGUACGAAGUCAAAGGAAGAAUUAUAGAAGUUCUCUUCAAAUACGAGACGAGAUUGUUGACCUUGCUGGGGUUCGGAUAGCAUUAUAUUUUCCGAGCGAUGCGGAAAAGAUCAAGAAGAUCAUGCACGAGGCAUUUGCGGAUGUCAAUCACAAACCUUUCCCAGAGGAAGAGGAAAAGGAAAUGAGCACAAUUUCGACUCCAUCAUACGGCACCUCCUUUGCUUUCAAGCAGAGAUUUGAAGGCUAUCGGGCGGACCACUAUCGGGUGAAGAUGAGAAUCGAUAACUUGUCUACUAAAAAGUAACGUGAGGACUUUCAGGCGUCGAAUCCGGUCAUCGAGAUACAGGUUGCAUCCGUUCUUAUGCAUGCCUGGGCUGAGAUUGAUCAUGACUUGGUCUACAAGACACUCACGAGUGGGCCCGCAUCCCGAGAAGAACGCCGUCUUUUAGAUGCGACAAACGGGCUUGUUCAUGCCGGAGAGGGUUUGUUACAGCAAUUACAGACUGCCAUGGACACACGGGUAAAGUACCAGAAGGAGCCCUUUCGAGACAAGUUCGAAUUACAGCACUUUCUCCGUACACAAGUGAAAGCCCCACAAGCCUCGACCGAACCACCUGGAUAUCCUUUUUUUCGUGCUCAAAACCACAAAUCUCAACUCCCCUUGGAAAUUGAGCGAGAAGUUGGAGGGAUUCGUCAUUCCAUCCAGGAGUACAGACUCGAUCGCCCUCGCAAUACUGGAAAAUGUUCUUGGACUUCUUGGAGAGGAUCAAAGCAAGGGCUCCAGCCUCUUCAUGAAAUCAAGAUCCAUUGAUGUAGAUGAGUUCAAAAUUGACAAGUAUGAUACGAAAUGCUUCAGAAUUAAUCGUUCCACUAAAGAUAAACUGCUCGGCCAAAGAGAAAUCUUGGAGCGAGCUGUUCACAUUGCAGAUAUCAUGCGGUUCCCCCAAAAGUCAGUCAUAGUGAUCGAAGGAAUGCCACCUGAGUUUCGACAUUUCUCAGAAAUGUAUCACGCUCUUCGCUUCGCGGAUGUGAAAGAAGCUAAUGAAAGCAACCCAGACGGCCCUUGGUUAGUUGCGAAGUCCUUUAGUGUAAUGAAUCCUUUGUGGACUUGGUUCGACAGUAAUGAGGAUAUCUUGUUUCGGGUAUCGUUUCAAUUGGCUCGCUCUAGCGUGGACAACAUAGUGAGGCGCCUCGUCAAAAUGCGUCCUUCGACUGAGAUUCAACGACACGCUACAAUGUACAAACAAGACUUUGAACGCUUGGGGAUACGCCAGAAUUCUGAGGACGAUAUUGAGGGCGUGAUAAAAGAGGAGGAACUAGUCUCAGACCACCCAGAGAAACAGAAAAAGGGGGAGAAGAGAGGCAUGAAGGAUGCACUACCAGUACGAAAGAAAUUUCACUCCGAAAGCUCGACAAGAAAAGAGCCAGCUCCAAACCCCGACCAUUUGAUGGCUUUAGCGGAUAGAGAGCCCCGACCCUACGCUGCCAUAUCACCAAAUAACAUUUACAAGGCUCCUUAUCCGACUGACCUGGACAGUGAGGAACGACAUACCAAACAUCACCCUGAGAAAAAGAUGUACCCAGUGGUUGAAGAGGGCUCUGAGGUCUAUACAGAACAAGGUGCGAAGUCAUCCCACCAGAAAAACGAGGAGCGAGCACCUCUACAAACACAACAAAAAGUACCUCUCCCGACCUCAAUGCAAAGUCAUCAUCCGUCGCCGCCAAUACCACCUGAGCGAUCACACCACCCCUCUAAGUCAAGAAGCUUCGCCGCAACCGAGCCUUUAAAUUCCAGCCAGGGCAGGAAUCCAGGCGACAUACAGCGUAUUACCGCGCCCCCAAAUCUGAGCAGGCUACUCCUGCACUACAACAACCACCACUGCCAGCUAUAG